AUGAAUAGAUUUAUCCUUUUGAGUAUUAUCAUGCUCAUGCCUAUUUGUUUGACUUAAGAUAUAAGUGUAGAAAAACUCCUUGCUUAUAAUAGAUGGUCAAGCUAAAAUCAAAGAGUGUAUCUGAAUGAAGAUGAAAAACUAUUUAGACAAAUGGUUUUCUUUGAGAACUUGUAAAAGAUUAAGGAACAUAAUAGUAAUCCUAACAAUACCUAUUCUAUUGAUGUUAACUAAUUCUCAGAUAUGACUUAAGAAGAAUUUACUGAAAAAAUUCUUAUGAAAUAGGAUUUGGUUGACCAUCAAAUAAAAGAUAUUGGUUAAUAGGCUACCAAUAAUAAUGAUAAUAAGGAAAUGAAAGCAUCAAAUCUUGCUAUCGCUGCUUCUAUAGACUGGAGAACAAAAGGUGCUGUAACUACGGUUAAGAAUUAAGGUAGUUGUGGUUCAUGCUGGAGUUUCUCUGCAGCUGGCUUAAUGGAGUCAUUUAACUUCAUUUCAAACAAAGCUUUAGUUGAUUUUUCUGAGCAAUAACUCGUUGAUUGUGUCAUCCCUGCAAACGGUUACUCCUCUUAAGGAUGUAACGGAGGAUGGCCUGUUUAAUGUCUUGAUUAUGCCUCCAAAGUAGGUAUCACUACCCUAUAGAGCUAUCCAUAUGUUGCAAUUUAAAAGAAGUGUGCUGUGACUGGUACAAAUAACGGGUUUAAGCCUAAAAAGUGGAUUUAAAUUCCUAACACUUCGAACGAUUUAAAAAGUGCUUUGAAUUUCUCUCCUGUUUCUGUUCUUGUUGAUGCUUCUACUUGGGGCCAAUAUAAGUCUGGAAUUUACAAUGGAUGUAACUAAUCUAAUAUUAGAUUAAACCAUGCUGUAUUAGCUGUUGGCUAUGACUAACAAGGUAAUUGGAUCGUUAAAAAUUCUUGGAGCACUAGUUGGGGUGAAAAUGGCUAUAUUAGACUUGCUCCAAACAACACAUGCGGUAUAUUAAGCUAUAAUCUUUAAGUUACUGCAUGA